UUAAAAUCUGGCCGAUCCCGCCUUCCCCAUCCCACGCACCCACCCCACCAGCAGAAUGCUGACUCCACCUAGAUUCUCUCGCUCCAUUCAGCCACUCGGCUACAAACAACGAGAUACCCAAAUCAGUCGCAAACGAGAAGUGAGCACUCCCUCUCUCUUGCUGUGAGGGGCAGCCCAAUAUUAUACACAAUUAGCUUCCCGCCCCCAUUCGCUCGUUGAAAAAGCAGGCUAGCCUCUCAGUUUUGCGCGAUAGCCUUGAUCUUGCCGAUUUUGGGGGAAAUCCGCACCCGUUUCCUGCAAUUGCUGGCAACUGUCAGCUGGAUCUGACAAAUCCUGCCAACGCCUCGAACAGGCAGACAUCUCCGGCGAGGGCGAGGUGCAAGGAGCCGGCGAAGAUGCUGUUGGGAGCAGUCUUCGCCUUGGGCUUCGUUCUGUGUAGCGGUCUCCGCAACCCCACCAGGAAAUCUCCCAAACCGACACCAGAUGUUUGGGAGGAAUCGAAGGAUGAGACUCAAACGAGGACAACAGCUCCUCAACCUGAGAAGCAGGACAACACCCCGUCAGAGUUGCUAUGGGACGAUGACAAACUGAAAGCCGUGUCCGAGGGCUCGAGUUGCCGAUGCCAAUGUGUGUUUAGACCCCUGGGCCGGGACGCCUGCCGCCGGAUGGAGGAAGGCACCGGCAGCUCGGAGGACUCGUACACGAUAGAAACCAUCAGCUCGGGCCCGCACUGUAAAUGUACCUGCCUCGCCCCGCCCUCGGCGCUCGGUCCCUGCCACCAGCCAAUCAGAUUGCAGAAGCCCCGGGAGGCGGCGGGCGGCGGAUUCAAGCUCUCCUCAAUGAUGGAACUUUUAGAAAGCACCGUCUUUGGAUUGGAUCUCUUAAAGUUGCACUCCGUAACAAUCAAACUCAUUAAACAUAUUGAAAAACUGGAAGAGAAGCUGACUGCAGAUACUUUGGAAGGAGAUAGGCCCAGUACAGACAACGUCAACAAGGCUCAGAGUAAGAUGGAGAAGAAGGAAAACCACACAACCACUUAUAGCAGCCUGAAGAAAGAGAUGACCGACAUUGGCACAAAUCUACUGCAGAGAGAUGCGGCUAAUACCUACACCCAGUCAGAGGAAAGGCAUAUCCACAUACCUGAAAAGUUUAACAAAGAGCUCCUUUGGAAGAGGGGUGAAAACAAAGACACCAAACCAGUCACUGUGUUGCACACAGAGCAGAAGCAGUUUGAGAGACAUCACAAACAUAGGCAUUCCCAAAGACCAACCAUUAUACGAGCCACGUACUACAAGGCUAAAGCUUCAGAGGCAGUGGGAGAUGAAGAGGUGGCAGAGGAUGAGCAAGCCAGCUCUGCCAGUGGCGAGGAUGGAACUCUCCUCUUUUUGGAUGAUCAGCCUAUUAAACAGAUGGAUCCUGUAGUUAAUGCUUCUCAGGCACCAUUUCCUGCCCUGACAACCAUCACUUCAGAGACAGCAACAAAAUCCAGUGAUCAGCUGAAUAUCACAGAUGAGACGAAGGCUUUGACUGGUGUUAGUCCAGUACUUGUCAUAGGUUCAACAAUUCCCAGUAUGACGGUCACGUCCAGUGGUACCAAUAUAACUAACUUUACUGUGAUCACUCCAGAACAGCAUCUUGCUCAGGCCAGCCAAACCGAUGCCUCAGAGUCUGCCACAGCUAUCAACACCACUGCUUCUAUCCCACCUCCUACCCACACUCUCUCCACAGUAAACACAACUUUUACCACAGUCCCAAUUCCCCCUCCUGCGACGACUCAUGCAACUGACAUCACAUCCCCACGAAUUUCUGCUUCCCUUCCACCAUCCAAAGUUGCUCUCACAUCCCCUGCAGUCACCACCACAACAAUUCCUAACGGCGAAGUUCCCAUCAUCAUCCCCAAUGACAUUGCAGCAACUGUUUCAAAUAUCCCACCCCACUUGGACACAACUGCUGCCCCACCCACCACAGCCCACAUAACUAAUACCAAACACCUGCCCACAACUAGGUUGAGCACUGCGGUCCCCACAACUACUGGAACAGCAGCAGCAACCACUGAGCUUCCCACCACAACAAGCACUGCAGCCACCACCAUGAUCACUGUAGCCACUGCCUCACCCACCACCAUGACCACUGUAACCACUGCUGCACCCACCACUGUAACCACUGCCUCACCCACCAUUAUGACCACUGUAACCACUGCCUCACCCACCACUGUAACCACUGCUGCACCCACCACUGUAACCACUGCCUCACCCACCACUGUAACCACUGCUGCACCCACCACUGUAACCACUGCCUCACCCACCACUGUAACCACUGCCUCACCCACCAUUAUGACAAGUGUACCCAUUACAACACACAAUACAACCACAAUGCCAACCAUCAGGAGGAUGACACCUCCCACAGCCGCCACUUCUGCAACCACCAAACCCAGCACAACACUCACCACAAUGACUAUCACCACCACAACAGCUGCCCCCACCACAACUAUACCAACCACAGUACCAACCACCACAUCUGCUACAACCACAGCACCUACUGUCACCAACAUCACCACAGUGCCCACAACACCCACUAUUACCACACCAACCACCACCACACCCACCAUCACCUCAACCAUGGCAGGCACCGUCACCACCCCCAAGCAAAGAACUAAAACCCGUUCUCCACAUGCCAGGACAACCUUACUUCCUCCCGCUGCCAGACGGAAAUUCCACAUGGAGGGCACACGGAGACAACGUGUAAGCUACAAUUGGAAUGAUGGUUACCGAAGUUUUGGUGAAUGCAAAGAGACUUUGUCUACCAUCUCUAAACCCAAGACCAAACACACUUAUGGGAGAAAUGAAGGGGCCUGGAUGAAGGAUCCAUUAGCACGAAGUGAUAAAAUUUACAUCACCAAUUACUAUUAUGGUAACACACUGGUAGAGUUUCGCAACUUGGAAAACUUCAGACAAGGUCGCUGGAGUAACUCCUACAAACUACCUUACAAUUGGAUUGGGACAGGCCAUGUGGUGUAUCAUGGAGCUUUCUACUACAACAGAGCCUUCACACGUAACAUCAUCAAAUAUGACCUGAGGCAAAGAUACGUGGCAGCUUGGAGCCUGGUGCAUGACGUGGUGUAUGAUGAGGCCACUCCCUGGAGGUGGAAGGGCCACUCUAAUAUAGACUUUGCCAUUGAUGAAAAUGGUCUUUGGAUUAUCUACCCAGCCAUCGAUGAUGUGGGCUCCUUGCAAGAAGUCAUCAUCAUCAGCAGGCUCAACACUGUUGACUUGUCCAUCCAGAAGGAGACCACCUGGAGGACUGGCCUGAGGAAGAACUUUUAUGGAAACUGCUUUAUAGUUUGCGGUGUGCUGUAUGCAGUGGACAGCUACAACAAGAAGCAUGCUAACAUUUCAUAUGCCUUUGACACUCACACAAACACCCAGAUCAAUCCAAGGCUGCCAUUUAUCAACGAGUAUUCAUACACCACUCAAAUUGACUAUAACCCCAAAGAGCGCAUCCUGUAUGCAUGGGACAAAGGCCAUCAGGUCACGUAUGGUAUCACAUUCGCUUAUUAGAAUGAAAAACCCAUAGACACUUGAUGAGCUUCCAGCACUUGGCUUUAUAAAAGAAAUAUAAGGGGAUUGAUGUUCUUAUAUUAAUUAACAGAUUGUAGAUCAAUCUGUUUUGUGAUAAUGUAAUCAAAGUAACCUGCUUUAAGAGGGACAGAAAUACAGACACACAAAUGGCCUUCUUUUAUCCUGUGCUUUAUACAAUAAUUGCACACCUUUCAUGUCAUGACCGAGAGAAACAAGAUGCCUACCAGUCUU